UCAUCCACAUCAGUUUUUUUUUCUCUCACAUAAAUCGCGUUCUAGUGUUAGCGAAUUGAAGUUUUCGAUCUUUAAUCCCUAGAUUUCUGCGAAAUCGGUCUCAGAGAUGUCGGCGGAAGAGAACAACACGACGGCGGUUGUGGAUUCCGGUGCGGAAAACGCGGUGGAGACGGAGCCGGCGGUUGAGAAGAAACCGGCGGCAAAGUCCGGGAAGGGGAGGAAAGUCAAGGAUGCUAAAGCGAAGAAGCCUGCGGCGAAGGCGGCUCCGAGGAAGCGAAGUGCUUCGGCUCAUCCUCCUUACGAAGAGAUGAUCAAGGAUGCUAUUGUGACGUUAAAGGAGAGAACUGGAUCUAGCCAGUACGCGAUUCAGAAGUUCAUCGAGGAGAAGCACAAGCAGCUUCCUCCUACCUUCAAGAAGCUCUUGCUGCUCAAUCUGAAGAGGCUCGUCGCCGCCGGGAGAUUGGUGAAGGUAAAAGCUUCCUUCAAGCUUCCGUCGGCCAGGUCGGCGACGCCGAAGCCGGCGGCAAUUGCUCCGGCGAAGAAAAAGGCAACCAAGGCUGAAUCCAAGUCGAAGAGCAAGCCUACUGGUACGAUUAAAACCAAGGAAGCUAAGGGGGGAUCUAAGAAAGCGGCAGCUCCUGCUGCGGCCAAACCCAAUACUACUGCUGCUGCGAAGAAGCCUAAGCCCAGUGCUAAACCUAAAUCCAAAUCUGUUACUGUUGUGUCAAAGACGAAGAAGGCUGCUUCACCUAAGCCGAAGGCCAAAGAAAGACCUGCUAAGGCAUCGAGAACAUCGACAAGAACAUCUCCAGGCAAGAAGCAGGCGGCUCCGAAGAAAGCAGCUGCGGCUCCGAAGAAGGCCCCGGUCAAGACAGUCAAGCCAAAGACGGUAAAGUCUCCGGCGAAGAGGGCAUCAACCCGGCGGGCAAAGAAGUAAGAUGGAGAAUUUAGGUAGUCUAAAAGAGUGAUACUGAUAGCUUAUCUAGGGUAGUCUUUGUAUAAUUGAAUGAUGAUCCUAAAGGCCUUGGGUUUCAAACCUUUUUUUACCUUGCUUUCUUCUUCUUUUGUGUUAGUUUUUUUCAUGUAAUUCAUCUUUGCUUGAAAUUAUGGUGUAUUCAUAGAUCAUGUGAAUGA